GCAGACGUCUUAUCUCCUCUCCGCCGCACACAGAGAAGAACGCCAAACACCACCGAGUACACCGCAACACCAUGAUUCAUUCACGUAUGUGUAUGUAUGUCUGCAGCAGUCUGUUUGUAGUUCUCUCACAGAUGACCGUGUGUGGUGUGGUGUGGUGUGGUGGUUGUCUGUCUGUCUGUGUGUUGUGGCCGGUUUCCCUCCCUCCGUCCGUCUGCCUACGAGGAACCCUCACUCACCCGAGCGCAUGUAGACGUGCAGCCAUGCAGCCACAGCCAGAGUCAGCUUGGGCGGGCGAGGGGGUCAUCUGUCUUAUCUAUCUGAUUGUAAUGGGCAGGCAAAACCCCUCAUCACGUGUUCGGCCGCUCAGACAGACAAGCGAAACACGACACGCCACGACACGCCGACAGACAGCCCGUCUCCCUCCCUCCGCAUAUCUAUCUGUUGUGUGUUUGUUUGCCCUCUAUCUCUCUAUCAACAGGGCAGCCCGCCUUCCCCGCUCUCUUGCCCCUUCACACCCAACAGCAACACUAUACAACACACAUGGACACAAACACAGACAGCAUUUCAGCCAGCCAGCCAGCCAGACAGCUAGAAAGAUGCAUAUAUAUAUGCAGAGGGACAGGCAACAAGUAUGAGUGAGUGCGUGCCCGGCCCGCCCUCUUAUCACGUGAGGACGACGUGCUCCACCAGCAAAUCAGCAUUGGUGGCGUAGAGGGACCGCCACACCGCACCAAACGCCGACGCCCACCAACUCUUCUUGCCUGAAACACAAAGCACACACACACACACACACGCACACAUCCACACAUCCAUCCAAACAAUGCUUCCACGUCAUUAGCGGCAACCUGACCCAUCCAUCCCUUCAGCCCUCCUCUCCCCUCACCAGGUUUGAUCUCCUCCUCGUUGGCAGCCGCCACCCGGCGAAUUCCCAUCCACAUGCCGCCCUCGGCGUAUCCGUCGACGAAGCGCAGGGGCGAUGGCGGCGCGAGCAGGGGUGGCGGGCUGGGAGGCCGCCGCAGCUCCACCGCCAUCGCGUCCAGCUUCUUCUGGUAAGCGUCGACCUCCCUCUUGCGCUCCGUUUCGCGAAGCUCACGCGCGAAUCGCUCAAGGGCACUGACCAGCACAGCACAUAUCCAAACGUCACUCACGUUUGUGUGUGUGUGAGAGAGUGUCGGUGUGUCUCACCUGGGCGCCCACGUGGGCGACAAGCAUAUCUCGCCCUCACGCACCCCCACGCCCCCCUCCCUGCCCCCCUCUCCCCCACCAGCACCAUCACUGACGUCUUCGUCACACAGGCCGAGCGACUUGGCCGACAGGGCGGGAGGACGCCGCUUCUUGUGCUUCUUCUUGCGAUCCGUCGAAGCCGCCGCGGUGGACGCCGACGAGCUCUCCCCAUCGCCAUUGCCAUUGCCCUCCUUCACUCCGCCACUGCCCGCCAAGCCCUCUGUCUUGUCUGUCAGGAUGCUGGGUGAGAAGUUGAUGGGCUCGCGGACGCGGUCGUAUCCUUCCAGUCGGUCAGCCUCCUCCUCCAGAGAGGCCUUCAGGCGUCCUUGCUUGGACUUGAUGAACCCUCGCAUGGUGUCAGACGCGGCGAGCCCCUGGGAAGGGCUGCAGGGGAUGGGCAACUCGGUGAAGGGCAGCGGGGGGAACCUUGUGUCCUCAUCGAUCGGCGAUGGACCAAACUGAGACGACGACAUGACACACAUCAAUAAGGUAAGGUUGAACAUGAUAGCUAGUGUCAUGGAUACAUUCGUCCAUCCAUUCCCAUCGCUUUCGUACCGUGGCGUGACCCUUGGAUUUGCCCACCAGCAGGCCUCCCUUGGCUGUGGGGGGCUGCAGCAUGGUGUGCGGCUCCUCGAGCGGGUCGGCUUCCUCCAGCAUGGCCUUCAGACUGCCCGGCCUGAAGGCCAUAAAGCCUCGCAUGGGGUCGUGUGCAGACACCUCGUGUGCGGGGCUGCGGGGGAUGGGCGAAUCGUUGAAAGGCGACAAGGGAAAGGCUGGGCUCCGCGCAUCGCCCAGCUCCCGACCGAACGGCUCAAUCUGAGAGCAAGAAGGCACAGACAGAAACACAAGAAGCACAUUGAUCAGGUUGUGGUGCAGUGUGGCUGUCUGCUGUAUCAUUUCCUCACCACAGGAAUCCCAUAGCAGUUAGGUUUCCCCCUCAGCAGUCCGCCAGUGGCUGUCGAGGCCGACGCACUCUCACCGCAGCCUCCCUCCUCCCUCCCACCAAUAUCCGUCAGCCCACGCUCCUCCCCGGCCUCCUGACCCGUCACGCCAACUGCAAAUAAUCCCUUGAGACUGCCCGGUGCGAAGGUGAUGGGUUGGCGCAUCGUGACGGCCUCCUCCGCUGGUCGCCCCUUCUGCUCUUUGAGGCUGCCCGGCCCGAGCGAGAGCGCCUCGCGGAUGGGGUCGAGGGCAGUGGUGUCAAGCGACUGGCGGGGGCUGAACCGAAAUGGCGACUGGGCGCAGGGCGAGGGGUCCUCGUCUGUGGUGCUGGUGGUGAUGCGACGCGUCGCCCGCAGAGAACCGCCGUCCUCCAAAUCUUUGGGCGGCGCCGCCAUCUCGAGCAUGGCCUUGAGGCUGCCCGGUUUGAAGCACAUGGCCUGUCGCAUCAGGUCUGGCUCGGCCGCGCCGCCGUAGCUACGCGGACUGCAGGGAAGAGGUGAUACCACAAAGGGCGACGGCGCACCGUGACCGUCCUCAUCGGCAGCUGGGCAGUCUAGCAGAGAGGCCUGAAAGAGAAGCAGCGUUCGUUAACUUCUCCAUGCAUGCGGGCACAGUGUCGUCCCAUGAGGCUCCCUGUGCCCCGACAGCGGCGGCAUGCAUGCCAUCCCCAGUACUUACCGUGGCGGAAGUGUUGGCUUUCAUCCGUCGUAUGGGAUUGUCAAUUUGUCAAUUGUGUGGAAAAGAGCUUGAUCCAUCAAUCGUUCUGACUUUCUAAAAAGCUCUGGAAACCGGACGCUUUGGGCGG